UCCACACUGGCAAUAGUUGCACAAAACCGCCAAGAAGCGCAUCAGCGAUGGGGACCACGGCCUCGCUGAAUCCGACGACGUCCGCCGUGGACAUUGCCGGAAGAGCUGCGCUUGUCUACUUAGCGAUCCAGAUCCUUAAGACGCUGUGGGCAUGGAGUGACUCGUCCAACUCGUGUGCGCGAGGUCAAAAGCACAACUUCGACCCACAAGCGUACGCCGGCCAUCAACAGUAUCGGUUCAGUGCCGAUCGCACGCUGUGGCUGCGGACGCGCACGUGGUUGCCUUCAUCGACAACGCCCUGGAAGGGUGUGAUUUUCAUCGUGCAUGGGUAUAACGAGCACAUUGCGCGGUACCAUUAUGUCGGGGCAGCGUUGGCGCACGAGGGCUUUGCGGUUUUCGGCAUGGACCAUCGCGGGCAUGGCCUCAGCGAAGGCGACCGCCUGUACGUAGAACGCUUUGAGCAGUAUGUGGAAGACUACGCUGCGUUUGUACGAGACACAUUGACAGUUGACAGCGAAUCGCCGUUCGUGAAGGAUUCGCGGCUCAACUUUCCUGCGAAUGUGUCUUUAUCGUCGUUGCCACGCUACAUGCUGUCGCACUCGAUGGGCGGGCUCAUUGCUUUGCAACUUAUCCAUAAUCACCCGGACAUCGAGUGGACUGGCGCCAUCAUGUCGUCGGGAGCGUUCCAGAUCGACCCCAAAGCCAUUUCCCCUACGGCCCAAGUCGCCGCGUCCAUCAUCGGGGCCGUCUUUCCCAAGUUCCGACCUCCGAACCCCGAGCUUGAGAAUAUCGUGAAGGAUCCGCGGGAGCACGAGCGCGCGUUGAGAGAUUCGUUGAACUACAAGACAGGUCCGACGGCACGAUGGGUCGCAGAGUUUAUCAAGGCAAUCGCCCAAGCUCCCGCGAUCAUGCCGAUGAUUCACACCCCGCUGUUGAUCUUCCAUGGGGAACUAGACACCGCAACACCACUAGAAGGAAGCAAGGCGCUGUAUGCGGCGGCAGGAAGCAAGAUCAAGGAGCUCCACAUUCUGCCAAAAAUGUAUCACGAGCUCGUCCACGACACGUGUCGUGACGAAAUGCUGGACACGAUGGUCAAGUGGUGUGCUAGUGUUUCGAAACAUGCACAACGUUGAGAGCAAGAAGUUUUGAUGCAGUUACGUUGAUUUCCGCUCUGACUUCAAGUAGUUGUCUCGAAUAUACGAGCAAGUGGGCACUACUUGCAAAGAGUUUGCUUUGGC